CACAAUAGCCAAGAAAUCAAGGGUCCAAGAAAUCAAGGAGCUGAGCUCUGCAAGGAGGGGUUUUGAUGGUGGCGCCCUUCCGUCGGCCGAGAGAGCAAGCGACAGUCCCUUGAAGCAUAGCGACGUCAGGCAGUGAAGUGGGAUGGACCCGUCCGGCAGCAAGCGCGUAAGUACAACACUGUUGUGUGACACUGUUACUGACCUUUCCUUUCUCGCCGCUGUUUGUUUCUGUGCAGGGCGCUGUGUCGCACCCGGACGGGCCGAGAACUCAGAAGAAGCCCCGGGCGGACACCCCGUCAGCAGCGGCAGCAGCAGCAGCAGUCAGCGCCAGUGCCCAUGAUCCCAUCAUAUUCCCCUUCCCAGUCUCAGUUCCGCCCAUUUCCCGUCCCCCUGCUCUGGCCGCUUCCCAUUACCCGCCCUGGUCCGCACACCCUCUGCAGCCCAUCUUCCAGUCCGCCGAGACAAGGGCAGCGGCCGGUGUUGGCGCGUCGCCCGGCGUCCCUCGCUGCAGCCCCUUGCCGACUUUGCCACUUCCUCAGUUGAGUCUCCGCGAGUCCAUCAUGGCCAUGCCCCUAGGGCCUGCCUUGAGGCGUGCACCAGCCAUCUUCCACCUCAACCCACGGCCGGAGAAGCACGUGCCUCUCACGGCCGAGGGAGUGGAGGUGAUGGCCAAGAGACUGCAGGUGGCGAAUGCGUUGGUGUGCCAGCAGGGCAUGGAAUGGAACAGCAGUCAACUGCAGUGGGUGGUGGAGGCCGAGGUGCGGCUGGGAGGUGCCCACACGGCGCCCUUCAAGGUCACAGAGCCGUUUGCGCCGGCUCGGUACACCUACGAGGGCAUCUUCAGCGCCCUCACCAAGGCGUGGGAGUUCAAGUGGCGGCUGCAGCAGCAGUUCAAGCUGUCUCCCUCUGCGAUCCUCGAAACCCUCAGUCGAGCGGCAUUCCCUCCCCAAUCCCUCACCCAACGCGACGGCAGCACCACCACGCAGCAGCAAGGCGGCCCCGCACCACCACCACCACGACCCAGAAUCAGCCCUGCCCCUGAGGAGCAUCGUCACGAGCCCGCGGACGCCAGUCCCCAACAGGAGCACGCCGAGAGUGUGAGCGUGGGGGCCGUGACGGACGCGGCACCUGCGGGCGGGGCACCUGCAGCUGAGCAGCCGUGUGACGAGAGGCAGUUGGUCGACAAGCUGAUGUCUCUUCUCCCCCCCUCACUCAACUGUGUCAAGACUCACAUCAAGCCUCUGUGGGCUGGCACGUGGCAGGGCCUCCGGCUGACGGGCUUCGUCGCCUCGUUUGUGCCAAACGGCGGUGACCGGCCGGGGCAAGGGCAGCGUCUGGAGCUGAGGGUGCCUGUGGAGCGUGACGGCCAGCGGCCUCUGAGGCAGGCAGUGGCCAUCGCCCUCGUCGAAGCGGCAAAGUGGCGUUUCAGGAUGGGCAUCGCUGCUCAGGAGGAGGAGGGGAUGGCCAGCGAGGAGGAGACCGACCAGCUCAGAGCAUUUGGAGCACUUGCCGAGAACUUCAAGCAGCCUGCACCAGACAGACAGCAAACCGAGUCGGCAAACGGCAAUCGCGAAGAUGCGGCAACCGACGAGAGCACCCCCGUUUCCCUCACGCCGCCCGCUCUCCCUGAGCGCGACGCGGGCAACGGCAACCAACAGAUGCUAGAGGCACCACGACAGACUGCGGAGGCUCCCUCUCCUUCGGGUCUUCACCCGAGCCCACCAGCCAUCCCGGUUGCCCCUCCGUCUCCCGAGCAACACCCACCACGAGCCAUCCUGCCAGCAACCGUCAAGCAGGAGGUCAGCGGCACGGCAGAGAGACGGAAUGUCACGGCCGAGUCGCCGCCAGAGGCCCCCCCAAAGACGAAGGAGGGCGAGGGCGUUGCCAUCGUGGGUGUGGUCAAGGCUGAGGGAGAGGAGGAGGGCAAGGCAGCUGCAGCCGCUGCGAGUGCCGCGGGGGGCCCAUCGGAUAGCAGGGGCAAGGACAGGGGCAGCCCUGCCGCUCUGCCGGGUGUGCCGGCCGCGGAGGGGGCCAACGACGAGGGACGGCCCCAGGUGGCGCUGAGCGACCUGACGACAGAGCAUCUGAUCCAGCUGAUGAGCGCCCUCCCUCAGCCCGGCCUUCGCCAACUCGCGAAGCGAUGCCAAGAGGUCAGUUAGCGACGUCUGCACACACACAUCACACCGUCCAGCGUCCAGUGCGUGUGUUUUCUGUUUGUCUGCUCAGUCGGUCGAGCGGUUCAAUUUGGUGCCGUUCGCGACGUUCGCCGACCUGGAGAAGCUGGUCCACGACCCGGCAGAGAGGGAGGACCUGCUGGCAGAGCUGCCGAUGUCCGAGUGCACCCUCUUCAUGCUGCAGCGCUUGGUCAAGACACUCAAGGACAGGGCGGCAGCCAAUGGGGGGCGUGUGGCGUCGCCUGUGUGCGGCGAGGGGGCCGGUGGUGGGCGUGUGGAGGGGCUGGAUAGCGAGGGAGUGGCGUUGCUGCUCGAGCAGAAGAUAGUGAAUGCGGAUAUGAAGCCACGACUAUUCAUCCUCGUAGCACAAAUCCGAGAGGUGGGUGGGGAAAACGCAACGCAGGCAGCCAUGGAUGGAUGGAUGGAUGCAUGGAUUGGCUUCCUUUCUCUUUUCCCCCACCCCCGGGGUCAGCAUUGCAUCCCCGGCAGUGUGCUGAGAUGCCUGUGUGCCCGGACCACUGACAUCUGUGGCGAGGAGGGGGAGUGGGUGCAGCAGCUGACGGGCAAGCUGCAGCCGAGGUGGGACAUACGGCUGAAGCGAGUAGUGCGGGAGACCCUGCUAGCGGCAGACAGAGAGGAGGGGGGCAAGGUGGAGGGUGAGUAGACAGAGGGGCCGAGAGACAGAUGGAUGCAAUGCACUCGGCACUAGCGACUUAAUUUGAGCGAUGAGUAAGGAAUUGCGGGUGUUUGUUUCACGUAGCUAUCGACGGCCUGCCUUGCCGUUUGCAUGCGGGCAGGGCAGGGCGGUGUGUAAUGUAGAUAGGCAUACUGCCUCGACAAAGCUGCGGUGGUGGUGUGGUGUCCAUCCAUUCUUGUUGUAAG